AUGAAUUGUCAGUCUCUGAAUGGGGUUCUGAAUGUAGCUGAAGAGGUUAAUGAAGAGCUGGAAGUUGAUGCUAAUAAUAGACGGGGAGUUAUGUCAGUUCUAGAAGGUGUGGGUCUAUCGAAGAGUCAAGAGCCUCUUUGUUUUCCAAAAAGGCAGAUACCUGCUCGGAAUUCAGAUACACUAUUGGAGUGUGAAGGAUCUUCUUUGGGAGUAGAGUUGGGGUGUAUGGAAAAUCAAAUUUCUGAUUCCAGUAAGGCAGAGUUAGUUGUGAAUACGAAGGAAAAUGAAAACCUGAGUGAGGGGUUGAGAUUUUUUGUGGCCAAUUCCUUGGCCGAGAAAAAUGUGUGGUUGUUGUGGAAUGAGGAUAUGGAGGUAAAGGUGGUGAUGGAAUAUGAACAGGCCAUAUCAGUGGUUGUGUCAUGUUUAGGUUCUGAACCUUUUUUUGAUAACAGUAGUGUAUGUGUGUUGUGA